ACUCGAUCGCCCGACAUCUUCAUAAGCAAAGAUCUUACUUCCAAGCCCUCAAACGCAGGUUUGUUUCAAACAUGAAUUCUCUAGUUUGGAUUUAAGACAUUCACAGUUAACUAUGUGGUGUGUAGCUUUUGUAAAGAGAGUCAUUUUCGUAUGUGUAAACUAACAUAUCCUUUCCAUACUCAGUGAUCAUGCUCAUAUUACAGGAUCAGUUACGUUCAUGCCGCUUGGUACAAGUUUUAAAAGCUAUAUAGUAUAACUUCCACCCAGCAUGAACAGAAAUGAUCCGUCGGACAAUGCGAGUUUGAUCACUGCGAUGAAAGGUCUUGAAAUGCCGGACAAUCCAGUUCAAACAAUCAUUGCAGGUUUCGCUUCGUUUCGCUUCGCUGUAUCCUUGUGGAUACAGGUUUGAUUUUUCUUCUUUCAAAGUUCUUAGUUUUAACCUUUCCUUAAGUAAUUGUAUUUCUAGCAUGAUUCCAAAAGCCUCUAAAAUAACCUGUCAUCACAAAGUCAACAUUUCUUUAUUACCAUGCCGCUAACUACAAAACUGUGCAUGUUAUCUUUCAUCAUUGGUUACCCUGCGAACAGUCUGCUUCGUGCUUCCUAGAUAUGUCGGGAAGAGCAAGGAGACUCUGUCGACUCUCAUUAAGUAUGCUUGAAAGUCAAAUGUAACCGAGCCUCUCAGCCUUGCUUUCCAACUAAUGACCGCGCGAGUUAUCAUUCCAAAAAAGUGCAAAUAACUUUUAAAAUUAAAAUCUUUAAUUCUCGCCGAGCAAAUUUAUAAAUUUGUCCUGCGUGCGGCAACGUGCACAACAAUCCCUAAGCAGGGCGCGAUCUUGCCUUGGUUAUAAAUAUUUCUAUCAGUUUAAGCGAAUGCAGUUACCUAGCAACAAGGCACCCUCCUGGUUGCUUUAGGGGCCGUGUAAUGUCUUUUACAAGGUCAAGAAAUGCUUUUAGUGAUAAAUUUCGAGGGUAGAAGUACCUUUUUCAGAAAACGACAUUGCCUUCAAAAUAACCGCGGAAAUCGAGGAAAGAAAACAUCAGUUUAUGCUUUGCGUCCUACUUCGAGUUGUAUCAGCUUUGUUGGGCAUAAUAAUGUGUCCUUUCAUUGCCAUGAAAUGAGUUUAUGGUGGUUUUUUACUGUCAAUAGCCUGGUUUUUUUCCUGAAAUAUACCUUUGAAUUCGUGUUUAAUACGGCUUGAUCAGCUUCAAAAGGCUUUUGCUGAUGGAAUUGCCAUGGAAAAGGCCUUAAAUUAAAGACUUUUCACCAGACUUACGUACUAAUCCUUAGUAGUGUAGUGGUAAGGAGAAGUUGCAUCAAGCUGAAGAUGCCGGGUUCAAAUCCUUCGUAGCACCUUUUCUUUCUUUCUUUUUGUUUUGUUUGCUUAUUUAUUUUGUGUUUUGUUUUAAUAUAUAAGUUGUGGUUCAAUUUUAUCCUUGGUUUAAUUUUUUUUUUUUAUUUCGUUAUCCUCCUGAUCGUAUUUUAAAUUAAUGUUAUGUACAAGAAAACACAAAAGAAAUAGACUGAGAAAUUAUUUCUUAAAUAUUUUUAUUCAAAAUCCAUCAGUUUCAUAAUAAAACACAGUUACAAGCACAUCGCGAAACACUUACUGGAUUGUGGAUCCGUUCAUGGAAAUAAAAUCAGCUAAGCACAUGGUUAAAUCCAAAGCAAAAUCCAUCUCAAAUCGGGGUGCAUCUUCUAAUUUUUCUAAAAACAGGACGAGCGCUUUGCCGUGGUUUACUAAACAUCGAAUCAAUAAUUUUCUCAAAAUCACUGUGUGAAAUCGAAGUGGCAGCCAUCUGUUUUGUUAUGGAGUGUGGGUUAGAAUACAAUACACAUGUGAGCACAGGUAAAACUGAUUUAUCUAGCAUGAAACUUGUCUGACUCAUCCAAAAUGUGGGAUGAACAGUAAAUCAAAGGACUUUGACGAUGUUGGAAGCGUCACUUCCUCUUUCCCAACUUUUCAAGGAAAGAUCAAAGUGAUCAACUCUGCUAGCAGGGUAAUCAUUGGUCAGUGGAACAUUAAAAUCAGCAAAGAAUCAAACUGCCAUUUCACACCAUUUUCCUCAUUUUGAUGUGGUGAUUUACAUUUGUAUGUAAAAAAACCAGCCCUUGAUAAUUGGAAAAUAGUUGCAAGAGCAUUAUUAUUUAAACUUGUGUGAAAAGGUGCCAAAUCCAGAUUGUGAUCAUUUGUGUCAUCAUGACUUGUGAUGUUUUGAAGAUUUUGAAGAGGAAGUAUUUUUUAACCAGAAUUUUGCAAAAUUUUGUUUUGACAGAACCCGGCAUGGUAAUGUGCCACCUCUCAGAUGACUAUUUUUCAGACCAAGCGAGUGGGAACUUGGACCAUUCUGUUAUAGCACAUUGAUUCCUAAAGUUUGUAUUGAAUUCAGGUGAUUUUAGAAGGUAAGUCAACCUGACUGGAGUUUUUCAUGAAGACUAAAAUGUUCAGAUGUUCAGGGCCUUGGUUAACAUAUAACAUGUGCUGUUUGUCUAGCUAUCAAUGACGUCAGUGUACAUUGUAGCUAAUUAAUGAAGUACAUUCUUUCUUCCAGAUGGACUAUUUUUUGCAUGCAUGCAUGUGGUCGUGAAGUGUCAUCAACGUUGGCUGUGAAAAGGUUAGUCUCCUUUGCAGCUGUUUUUAGGGUCAUCACGCAGAGCUAAGCUUAUUAAGUUUACUUACUUGUAACUUUUGAUAAGCUUACUUUCAUGAAAGCAUUCUUCGUUUUAGCAGUAUAGAGUAUCAUGUGUUACUGACACCUAAAUUACAUGUAAGUAGGCUUGUACACACUAAUCUAUUGAUUCCUCAUGCCUAUAAUUCAUAGUAAGUUCAUAUUACAUGUAUAUUAUUGCAUACAUGUAUUUCAAGAAGACUAAGGAAUUCUAUGAGGUCUGGGUGCCUUAACUAAAAUGCUUGGGAGCCCGAAGGGCUCCCUGAAAUUUUCCUUAGAGCACAGCCUUGGUAGUCAAGCCUUUGUUAAUAGUGGAUCUCACCCCCAAGUUUACACUUAGGUCCGUAGCCAAUAAUACUAACACUGCAAUUUCAAUAGGGAACCUUUUUACUGGAAAUCUCUCCCUCCUAAAUGAAGCUUUUUUGUGGUCCCUGCACCACUAAGAAACGCUUCAUUUUUAAUUGACCUUUGUGAAGACAUGGUUUUCUCUCCUAAGCCAACACUAACUAUUUGUGGACAGUGGGGGGCAGGUACUCCAGUUCAAGUGACAGGGAUGAUCUAAUGGGGGCAAAAGUCAAAGCCCAAAAAAAUCCUUGGACCAAAGUUUAAUUCCCCUAAAAAUCCCAUUCCGAUUUUGCGGGCCAUAAAAAUUUCUAGAGGAACUAAGCGGCCAUGAUACGCCGGAACUAUCACAAAUCUUCAGAUUGUUUUGAAUACCCCCAAAAAAUCCCUACUUAAAUGGAGCUACUCCAAAAAAUAUGUGCCAAAAUUUUCCUACCCAAACAAAAUCCCGAAAUCAAAAAUUUCAAACCCUACAAAAUCCUUCGAUCAUCCCUGUCACCUGAAAUCCGGAGAGCCCCCCACCUUCACGGGGUCAUGGACCCAGGCACUUAUAAACUCUUCAUAUUGACCUUUGUGAAGCAGAUACCUCAAUCUCCCAGGUGGACACUUUUUCUUGGUCACAGGAUUGACUCUAUAAAUAAACUGGCUGUGACAUUAACUUAUUUAUUGAUUAAUUUUUUCAGUUGUUAAGAAGUUUUCCAAUGUGGUUAUCUUAUAAAUUAUAUUUACACCGAAUCCACCAGGAAAUUGAGUAAUUUUAAUUUUCAGAGUACAAAAACCUUGUACCAGAAUAAUUCAAAGAAUAUUACAUUUUCCAGGGCUAAAGAUGUAAUUAGUCGUCUGUUGUAACACCAAAGAAAAUGCCUGAUGGGAACCCAGGAAAAUGAAUGUCAAAUUUCACUAAAUUACAUCUUACACAUGAAAUUUUCAGAAUUUUAUCUGUGUUUUCACAAUUCUUGUGAAAUUUGACAUUUAUUUUCUUGGACUGCCGUGAAAAAUUUUCUUUGGUGUUACUACUGAUGACUAAUUACUUCUUUAGCCCUUGGAAAAUGUAAAAGAGAAUGCAAGAUUCUUUAAAUUAUUAUUCUGGUACAAGGUGUUUGUUUACUGAAAAUUAAAGUUACUUAAUUUGCUGGUGGAUUCCGUCUUUACGCUUUUAAGGGAAAUCUCUAACCGAGACUCAAUGGCGCAGUAUCAAGACCUCAAAAGAAAAGGAGGUGCUCCUGACCAUCAGGCAGUAAUAGAAAAUGCCCGGCCUCCACCUCUGAGUAUUGAAGUACAUAAAAUAAGAGAUCUUCCAAACAAGUCAAAACCAUGGAGUGAUGUCCAGCUUCCUGUUGACAUUCUCUUAUUGACAGUGGAAGACUGUGAGUUCUUGGCUUGUUAUACAUACUUGACAAAUGCCUUUAAAAGUUAUCAUGUGAACCUUGGACAUGUGUACUUUGGGACAAUGGGUAAAAGUGGAGAGGAGUCACUGAAAGUUGCUUUGAUGAGAUGUUCUAAAGGUUCUUCUGGUCCAAGUGGUUCUUUAGUUACCGUCAAAAAUGCAGUGGUGCAACUGGGACCCAAAGCUGUGUUUUCUGUUGGCUGCUGCAUUGGAUUAAACCAGAAAGGCACCAACUUAGGAGAUGUGGUUGUAUCCUCUACACUAACGACUGAUGAAUUUACAGCCCCUGUGAGAAGGAAGAUUGCCAAUCUAAUCAGAUUUUCAACUGAAGGAUGGAAUCCACCAUUAAAAGAUCCAUCAGGUGGAGAACAAGUACUGGUACACCGUGACAGGGGCAUGUUGAGUGGUAUUAAUGAGCCAGCCAUUGCCAAACAAUGCCGUAAGUCAGAGUCUCAUAUGAUUGCUUCUGAAUGGGAAGGAGAAGGUAAGAUUUUGUAUAAAUCACUGAAUUUAUAACAGUUAAUGUUGGAUAUAUGCAGUGUCCAGAAAUUGAAUUUUACUAAGUUGCAUGUCCAUUGUACCACAGUUCAUCAUUAUGGCAAAAACAUGUUUGAACAUACCGUAUUUACAUAUAGCAGUGUUGGUAUUGUAGCCAUGUGUGACCAUGGCGUGUGACAUAAAACAGGCUGUCUUUCAGUAAUUACACAUAAUCUGAAAGAAUGUAACACAUAACAAUAUAUGUUGGUGUAAUUGACAAUGGAUAAGAACAGAACAUUAAUAUAUGUUAUGAACAACAAGGCUACAGAUUAAAAACAAUCGAUUCCAGUAUAAUAUGAAAGUCUACCCCAUAAAGCUCUAGAUCAUAUUUAUUUUCACACUGCCUACCAUUUCUGCAUGACCAUGGGUUUUUUUUUAUUGCGAGUAAAACACACACAAAAAAGAAAAAAAAUUACACAAAAUAAAUAUAUGGAAAAAAAAAAGAAAAAAACAAAUGGCGAACUUACAGACUUACAUGGCAAUACUUACAAAUAUUAAACUAGAUUACAGCAGUGCUAAUUCCAUAUAUUACUGUACUUAGUAUGAUCUGUAAUUAAUUUUACUUUUUUUUAGGCUUUCUUUGUAGUGACCAUGGGGUUGUUAUCAUGUCUACAAAUAAUUAAUUAAGAAAAGUUCAGUUCUUACUAUAGUGAACUUGUAUAUAAUGUCAAAGCAUUAAUUUCCGUGUUGAGAAACUAAGAAUAUUGAGUUAAAAUUCAGCUUUGUGUUUGUCAGGUUCAACCAUACACCUGAAAAAUCUCAUUUUGUGUGGUCUGUAUUAUAUUUUAUCUUUCCAUUUAUAGGACUGUUUGCUGCAGCCCAUGAUUUGAACCUUGAAUGGGUGAUUGUUAAAGUUUGUCAGGUUUCACCUGAAAAAUCUCAUUUUGUGUGGUCUGUAUUAUAUUUUAUCUUUCCAUUUAUAGGACUGUUUGCUGCAGCCCAUGAUUUGAACCUUGAAUGGGUGAUUGUUAAAGGGAUAUCACAUUUUUCUGAUGAUGGCAACACUCCUAAUGAGUCCUGGAAGUCAUUUGCGUCCAUCAUGGCAGCUUCUUUUGUGUCCAACAUGUUAAAUGAUCCAGUUGUUUUUAAAGAAUGGCCUCACUAUGAAGGUAUUUCACAU